AUGUCAUCAUCAGAAGAAGAAGACUACCUGUCCCCCAGGUCCACAAGUAUCACUAUCAGUAAUGGGGAGAGCAGUUUCUACACCAGCGCUCAAACGCACCUAACCGACUCACAGGACGACGCAGACCUUAAGUUCUCAGGCCGGUCCAAGCUGAGUGAAGACAGUAUUGAUGAGUUUAUGAGCAGCUGUGGAACCUACGUCUCUUAUAAUGCACGGUAUUACAAUGGACAAGUCAUCACCACCUUGUCGUCUAAGAACACACUGUUCCGGGCAGAGUUUGAUCUGCAACACUGUAUACAGGAGCUGCAUGAUGCAAGAAUACAGAUUCCUAGUGACGACGUCUCAGCAGCCAUCGCCAGUAUCCUGGGCGACCCCAAACUGCGCACCUACAUCUUCUUCUACUCCACAGCCUUCACCAUCUUCAUGGCCAUGCUGUGUCUGUUCAUCCUGUGGUCCGACUUUGUGACCAGCCUGUACAAGUACCUGCCCAACCUCAGCCUGCCUCUCAUCAUGCUGAUAGCGCUGGUGGCCUCGGCUUCCGUGGUCGCACUGCUGUUCUUUCUCAUCCACUGGAAGAUGAAAAAGAUUGACAGGAACACAGAUAUCCACCUGGCCAGCAUCAACGAGACAUUCAUCAACCACGGACUGCUUGUGGGCAUGACUGACGGCAUGAUACACUGCUGCAACCAUAUCUUUCUACAUUUUGUGUACUAUGAUGCAGAGCCUUGUAUGGACUGGCUGGCUGAGGUUCUACAGGAACAUGAUGAAGCUGGGCACUUGGCUCCCGGAUACCUGGAAAGCAGCCUGUCCUACGAGGCCCUGACCGUGAUCAGACACCGGCGAGAGCGCGAGAGCAGGGUGUCGGACGAGGAGUCGCCGCUUCUGUCGUCGGUCAGCAGCACAUCGGGGCCGCAAUCAGAGACUGAAGUGGAGAUCUCCGGGUCAACGAUACAGUCCAUCAGGUUCACCCCACAUGGGUCAUAUCAGGAAAUUGCCAAGCAGUUCCUGUUGACAUACAGCAGCAAGUACAUCAAGUUCCUGGUGAAGGGGGGCCUGGGCACCCCGCAAGCGCAGAGGCACACAGACAAGGGGCUCUGUCUCUGUCAGUUCAUAGAGAAGUUAGCAUUCCACACUGAAGUCUGAGCAGUAGACUCAAGUCUUACACUGAUGUACUGUCAGAACUACUCAACAAGACCAUUGGAAGAUGAAAGAGAAGACCAUUUUAGGGACCAGG